UCUAGCAUUGUGUGUUUCUUCCUUUACAGCACCACCACAACCUCUCGGUGUACUCACAACUGUGUUCCAACCUACGUUGACUAUAGACAGACUCUGUCUGCUAGGUGCGAUUUCGUUGUGUUUGAUGCUUCAGAUACUCACUCUGCUAUGAAUGGAAAGGGAAUCUGGAGAGCUUUUGAAGGGAUCUUGAGAAGAUCACGAUUACAAAGACAACUUCAUCUCCGAAAGCAGCAUGAACUACUUGACAUAUCGAAUACCUCUGAAGAUCACACUCUCCGCCUAUACUGAGACGGGACAAAAAGAAUCAACCAUUCCAGUGUUGGCGCAACGAUCCUACACUGGUAGACGGGUCAUACCAUCUACUUUGGCCAAUACUCUGUGCAUCUCACUCGGUGCUGGUAGAGUAUCGGAGAAGCUGAACAUGACACUCGGCACGUCAUACACUCUAGACGGUUACCCCAUCUCAAAAUCAUUUCUGGAUUCCUGUAUCAAACGAAAUCACGAUUUUGGGACUGCCUACGCUCAUUCUCAGCGUUCGAAUGACAAGGCCAUCAUCAGAGGUGACUUAUGCAAGCGUGAAGUGAGGGACCGAAAGAUGCGACAGGCAGUACUCUGUGAUGGCAGGAUCAGCAAGAAGGAAGUACCCCCUCGGCGCGUGUGGGAUCUAGGUGCUAAUCGGGUGGUGCCGUACUGGGUCGCUGCCAACCGCCCGUGGGGGAUAUCGCAUGCAUGGGUGGAUGAGAAGGAUCGCGAGGAUGUGUGGACUCCUAUCAAUGGGUACCAGUGGCCCGUGCCGAUGCCGAAGAACGCCGACCUUAAUCUUAUCCGCAUCGAGAUGUUGAACAAAGGAGCGCGGUAUGCAUGGUUGGAUGUUCUGUGUCUGAGGCAGAAGUAUGAUGCUAGGCAGAAUCACCUUGAGGAGGAUCACCGCAGGGAGAAUCUCCGCGUGGAGGAAUGGAAGCUUGACGUGCCCACGAUCGGGUAUGUGUAUGACCAAGUGCAUGUGGUGUAUUACCUCAGCGGACUGGGUCUGCCGCUGGAUUUGACACCCGGGUACUUCGACAGUGAUCGGUGUUGGUCCAAUCGAGCCUGGACACUUCAAGAGAUCGGCCGUCGCUGUAACGUGAUCAUUGCUGGUGAUACCGGCGAGCACAACGUCUGGACUAUGUUCCAUGAACAACUGGAAUGAUUGCGGUUUAUGCAUUCAAUGGGUGACAUCAUAUUGCAGAUGCAGAAACGGGUGUCGACAAAUCCUAUCGACAGAGUCGCAGGGUUGGUAUACUGUCUCGAUCUGCGGUAUAUCCCAAUAUAUGAUGCAGAACAAUCAGGAGAGAGCG